AUGGAACGCGAUUCCACAGCAGCAGCGGGCGCCGCACGUACACCAAAACCACAGGCCGGUAAAUACCGUGGAGAAUUUGCCCCUCCAUCUGCGCUCGCAUCGUUCAAGUUGGAUGAAGGUUACUCUGAUGAAACCAGAAGCCAAGCAGAAAAUGAAGUGAUUCAAACCUCAGACGAAGGUGUAGGUCUACCCAGCUGGAUUCUUGCACACAAUGAAGCGGACAGAGCAGAAUUGGCUUAUAGCAUAUUGAGAACCUUAAGUACAUCGACGGUUUCCUCAGUCGUUGAUCGGCUAACUCCUUUGCUCCAUAUGGAUCCUGUUCUCAAACUUCCCCCGGAAAUCACUUCGGAAAUAUUCUCAUACCUUGACACCCCUACACUGCUCACCGCAGCACUUGCGUCUAGGGCUUGGAGAGCGAGGAUCAUAGAUUCGCGACUGUGGAGGCAUCUCUAUAUUCAAGAAGGAUGGCGUUUCGACAUGGACGCCGUUCGAUCUUUCGAACAAUCUCACUCGAAACCGCACUUCUCACUCAACCGAAAAUCGAGAACAAGACACUCGGAUGCAGAUAUAGGGCAGCCAAAGCUAAAAAAGCGUGUCCCUCCAGGCUGGAUCCAUUCGAGGAGAGACUCUCGCGCUGACAAUAAUAAUAUACAAACUGCAAGCCCUCCUUGGAAUGAGCAGCACGAGACAGUUGAGGCUGACGGCACUUCUGCCUCCGAGAUUAAUACCUUACCUGAUGCCGAGGGUGACCACGAGAUGCGUGAUGCCAGUUAUGAUGAUUACUCAGUAGGGUUAUCACAAGACCAAAACCGCCCUCGCCAACCAUUAGAAGUUUUCAGCCCACUGCACAGCCGAAAAUCGAGUCGAGCUGAUGGGUUCGCGAGGCAUAUGUCAUUUUACUCGCCGCUGACGAAUUACACCCCUCAAGUGAAGCCGCCACAUCUCAUGAGGACAGCUAAUGGUACAUGCCGGUUGAAUUGGCCAUAUCUCUAUAGACAAAGGCGGAAACUAGAAGAUAACUGGCGGAAAGGCCACUUCGUUAAUUUCCAACUUCCUCAUCCAGCAUAUCCCUCAGAGGCACAUACGGAAUGUGUAUAUACUAUUCAAUUCUCCGGAAAGUGGCUUGUCAGUGGGAGCCGCGACAGAACAGUGAGAGUCUGGAAUCUGGAAACAAGGAGGCUAAGAGGGAACCCCUUGGUAGCGCACAGCAAAUCAGUUCUCUGUUUGCAAUUCGAUCCAAGUCCAGAAGAGGAUAUAAUUAUCUCUGGAAGCAGCGAUAGAAGCGUGAUAAUUUGGCGAUUUUCCACGGGUGAAAAGAUCCACGAGCUCACAAAUGCCCAUCAGGAUUCUGUACUGAACUUGAGAUUUGAUAAACGAUAUCUGGUGACAUGCUCGAAAGACAAAUUAAUAAAAAUUUGGAACCGCCAUGAACUUUGUCCGACGGACAAAGACUACCCCUCUUUCUUUAAUGGAACUGGUGUCAAAUACCCAUCCUAUAUCGUUGACACCUCUCUGAUAUCUCCUAGCGCACUGGAAGCCCAAAUCGCAAAUCGACAGAUCAAAACACUAUCACCUUACUCACUACUUAUGACCCUUGACGGCCAUGGUGCGGCUGUAAAUGCGAUUCAAAUGAAUGAAAAUGAGAUCGUCUCUGCCUCCGGCGAUCGUUUAAUCAAAGUAUGGGAUAUACACAAUGGUGCCUGCCGGAAAACUUUGAUUGGUCACAAGAAAGGCAUCGCGUGUGUUCAGUUUGAUAGCCGGCGAAUAGUAAGCGGGAGCAAUGAUGACACCGUUCGUAUAUACGAUCAUGCCUCGGCGGCUGAGGUCGCGUGUUUGCACGGGCACCGUGGACUCGUGCGAACCGUCCAGGCUGGUUUUGGUGACCCACCUGGAGCAGACGAGACAUUGCGACUUGAAGCUAUGGCGGUAGACAAUCAAUAUUGGAAGGCUCGGCUCCGCGGCGACAUCGCUGAAUCGAGCUCAGCAGUCCGGCGCCUCCAUAGAUCAUGCCCGGUACGAACGUCAGGGUCCAGAGACCCCAAUGACAUUAUGGCUCUAGGAGCCAAAAUCCCCCCUGGUGGUGGAGGAAGCUGCUGGGCACGCAUUGUUUCUGGCUCUUACGAUGAAAGUAUCAUCAUAUGGAAGAAAGACCACGAAGGAAAGUGGGUUAUUGGACAAAGACUACGCCAGGAUGAAGCUGUCAGAGCAGCCGGCGCGAAUGUGGUUCCAGAUACCAGGGCCCCAACCAGCCAGCCAAUUCCUCUGCUCCCAAGCCAAGCACCGCAAGGUUUUAUUGGGUUACAAUCUAUGUCCCAAACCUCCCAGCAAAACUCAUCUGCUUCAACAGUUCAGUCCAACCCGCCGAAUGCCAAUACAACGAUCCCUCAAGGCACAACGAACGAUGCUGGACCACCUUCCCUGAAUGGAACAAACCAGCAACCUCCUCAGACACUUCAAAACCAGGCUCAGCCCCCACUACACGGUGCUAAUAGACCACUAACUCUUCCCGCAGCUCAUCCCACUGCCAGAGUUUUCAAACUACAGUUUGACGCCCGUCAACUUAUAUGUGCUAGCCUGGAUCACAGAAUUGUGGGUUGGGACUUUGCAUACGGUGACCAGGAGCUUGAGUGGGCUUGUCAGUUUUUUACCGGCCUUUGA